AAGGAGUUACUACAGUGCACAAACAGAAGGCACGCUGGCGGCAAAACGACCGUCUCAGUCGGAAGUCCCUGAUCAUCGCAUACGCAGCAUUGGAUCAAUGGGUAGUGGGAGGCGGUUCACAGGUCGAGGCUGAAAAGGAAAGGGCCGAACUAGAAGCACUAGAAAACGACCGGGAAGGGGAUGAAAUCACAUCUUCCCUCGAGAAUGCACACAUCCGCGACGAGGUCUCCAUGUCCAGCAAUACCGAAGAGGACAAUGAAUUUUUCGCAGUCAAGGAAGACACCCACGGCGGCAAAGGCGCCUUCGCGCGCAAGCCCAUCGAGCGCGGCACCCUCCUCCUCGCCGAGGAACCCCUGCUCCCUAGCCCCGCAUCUUACAAAGAAGACGGCCCCCUCUCGGCCGAAAUCAUCCUCGCCCUCGUUGAGCGCCUUUCUCCCGCCGAAGUUGCCCGCCUCCUCACCCUCAAGAACUCCCGCGCCGGCGACCCCUACCACUGCUUUGUGGGCAUAUGGCAGACGAACGCGUUCUCUGGCGCCGGCAUCUGCGUCACCGCGGCGCGCUUCAACCACUCAUGCGUUCCGAACGCGCGUUACUCGUGGCAUGCGGAGAGCAAGCGGCAGCGCAUCUUCGCGUUGAGACGCAUUGAGGCGGGCGAGGAGAUCUGCGUGUCGUAUCUGAUGAAUCGAAACAUCUAUGGCUCGAGUCGGGCCGCGCGGAGGGCGUGGCUAGAGGAGGAUUAUCGCUUCGUGUGCAUGUGUGCUGUGUGCGGAGCGAGCGACGAAGAAGUGGCGAAGAGCGACCACAGGCGGAACAUGCUAGCGCGCAUCUGGCGCGCGCUGCCGACGAUGCAGGACGACCCACGGCUGGCGGUAUCAGAGGUAGCCAGUGCCAUCCGCAUGAUGCGCGAGGAGGGGUACCACGCCGACGCGGACGACUUCGCGACGGAGGCGGUGAAUUGCUGCGCGGCAUUUUCGGACUGGGAGAGCGCGAAGUAUUGGGCGGGGGUCAUGUAUGAGAGUAGGAGGGCAGAGUUUGGGGAGGAUAGUCGGUAUGCGAGGGAGGCGAAAGCGAUGAUGGAGAACCCUGGGGAUCGGAGGAGAAUGCCUAUGGCGGGGAUGUUCAAGGGGGUGUCGUUCACGGAUAUUCGUGUAUGAUAGGGUCUUGCGUUGCGGUACAAGGGAACCCUUCGUCUGUAAGGGGUGGAACAUCGUCUUCAUCGUUGUUGUAUGGACUUCGACCUCGCCAGCGUUGGACUUUGACCCGUAUUAGGUGUUCAAUGUCGUCAAGGUCGGCGCAUUCGGCCAGGGCAUUGCGGAACUUGUUGAACCAUGGUCGCCUCGCACACUGAAAGUCGAUGAAGUGCUUGAUAUGCAGCUUGAUCGUCGUCAAAGUUGCUGUACCCGGAUAUGAUCGACAGAGAUCCAGAUACUCGCAGGAUAUGGCGACCGGGUCAGGCAAGAUCUCCGCGAAGAUGCAAGGAUUCCCAAGCAGCGUCUCC